CUCUCCUCAGGUGGCCCGGUAUGGGUGACCCAGGUGAGUCCCAUGGCGGUGGUAAUGUCACACAGCCCCCGGCCGCACAUAAUAGCGCUGCUCACCGCCGCCACAAGCUCUCAUUUUGGCAGCAGCAGACGCCGGAUGACUUGGCCUCUUAUAGGCUGAGGAUGGCGGGGGCGGGGCGGACACACCCUGUCUUCUCUGGCACCGUGGAGGCUCCUGCACCUCUGGAGAAGUUCUCUCGUCCUCAUCGCCCCCUCUAUCACCUUCCCUCCCCUUCUUCAUCGCGCGGAACCGAACCGCCCCAUAUCGGGUCCACAGUCCAGUCACCAUGUCCACCCCGGAUGAUGUGGACGGGCUCCUCCGUCCUCACUAUGGCUCUGUGCUGGACGAUGAAAGACUUACAGCAGAAGAGAUGGAUGAAAGGAGACGUCAGAAUGUGGCCUAUGAAUAUCUGUGUCACUUGGAGGAAGCAAAAAGGUGGAUGGAGGCAUGCUUAAUGGAAGAUCUCCCCCCUACUACAGAACUUGAGGAAGGGCUCAGGAAUGGAGUGUACCUGGCGAAACUUGGAAACUUCUUCAGUCCAAAAGUGGUAUCUCUGAAGAAAAUCUAUGAUCGGGAGCAGACCAGAUAUCAUGCCACUGGUCUUCACUUCAGACACACAGACAAUGUCAUCCAGUGGCUUAAUGCAAUGACAGAGAUUGGCCUCCCAAAGAUCUUUUACCCUGAGACCACAGACAUCUAUGAUAGGAAGAAUAUGCCUCGCUGCAUAUACUGCAUCCAUGCUUUAAGUCUGUACCUGUUUAAACUAGGCCUUGCCCCACAGAUCCAGGAUUUGUAUGGGAAAGUAGAAUUUACAGCGGAAGAGAUUGAUAUCAUGAAGAGUGAACUUGAGAAGUAUGGCAUUCAGAUGCCUGCAUUCAGCAAAAUUGGAGGAAUCUUGGCCAGUGAGCUGUCUGUAGAUGAAGCUGCAUUACAUGCAGCUGUGAUCGCUAUCAAUGAAGCAAUAGACCGGGGAAAUCCUGCAGAAACCUUCACCGCUCUGAAGAAUCCAAAUGCCAUGUUAGUGAAUCUAAAUGAGCCCCUGUCUACUGUUUAUCAGGACACCCUUUAUCAAGCUAAGCACCAUAAAACUCAGAAUGCCAAGAAACGGAUAACUUCUGAGAAUGAAGGGAGCGAACGGGACGUGUAUGAGGAAUUGCUAACCCAAGCUGAAAUACAAGGCAAUGUCAACAAAGUGAAUUUGCAAUCAGCCUUAGGAAGAGUUGACCAAGCUCUGGAGCAUGGCAGUCCACCAGUGUUGUUUGACGCUCUCACUAGCCAAGCCCUUGCACUAAGAGCAUUGCAUAGAGACAAUUCUGAAUGGUACUUUAACCAGCUGCAGAGCGAUAAGCAGCAAAAACUGGAGAAUGGCUUGACUGCACCCUUACAGAAGGAGGAGUUGCAGGCUGGAGUCGAUGCUGCCAAUGGGUUAGCACAGCAGUUACAGAGAAGACUUGUUGCUGUGGUCAGGAUUAAUAAUGCCAUCAGAAACGGGGUGGCAGAGGAGACUGUACAGGAGUUGAUGAACCCUGAUGCACAGCUGCCAGAGAUAUUCCCAUUUGCACAAGAUCUUUACCAGAGGGAGCUCGCCACAUUACAGCAGCAAAGCCCAGAGGGGAACCUCACUCAUCCGGAGCUUUCCGUUGCUGUGGAGAUGUUGUCCUCUGUGGCUCUCAUUAACAGGGCUUUGGAUGCAGGCGAUGUAAACACUGUCUACCGACAGCUGACCAACCAAGUCACCGGCCUGAUGGAUGUCGAGGAUGAAAACCUACAGAGGUAUAUCGAUGAGUUGAUGAAAUUGAAACAACAGGCCCGGGAGGAAGGGAAUGAGUUUGUUACAUGGAAUGAUAUCCAGGGAUGCGUGACUCAGGUUAAUAACACUGUACAUGAAGAGCAUGCCAGGAUUUUGGCAAUCGGGCUUAUAAAUGAAGCAUUGGAUGAAGGUGAUGCGAAGAAGACCUUACAAGCAUUACAGCUACCAGCAGCAAAGUUAGAAGGGGUAGAACCGAGUGUGGCUCAGCAUUACCAGGAUACUUUGGUUCGAGCAAAAAGAGAAAAGGCACAGGAAACAAAAGAUGAAUCUGCAGUUCUCUGGCUGGAUGAAAUUCAAGAUGGAAUAUUCCGCUCCAAUAAGGAAACAGAAGAUGCCCAAAGAUUCUCCCGCGGUGUCCUAGCUAUAAACGAGGCUGUAGACCAGGGUGACAGUGCCCAGACCCUCCAAGCCCUACGAUCUCCUGAUGUCGGACUUUAUGGUGUGACUGCAGAAUGUGCUCAUACUUAUCAGAUGGAACUGGCCGAGCUGAAGACAAAUAAAACAGCAGAAGGGGACAAUGGAAGUGAAUGGGUGCAGCACUGGGUGAAGGGGGGUUAUCAUUAUUACUUUAACCCGACUACUAAUGAAGGAAGCUGGGAAGAGCCCCCAGGAUUUAUACAGAACAACACUCACUUGUCAAAGGAAGAUAUUCAGAGCACUAUCUCGGGUGUUUCGGCUGCCUAUAAUCGGGAACAAUUAUGGCUGGCAAACGAAACCCUCAUCACCAAGCUCCAGGCCCGCUGUCGAGGGUACCUGAUGCGCAAGGAAUUUAACUCCAGAAUGAACUUUUUAAGGGAGCAGGCUCCUGCUGUGACCUGUAUUCAGGCCCACUACAGAGGUCAGAAGCAAAGGAGAGCUUACAAGGAUCGCAUGCGCUAUCUGAACGAACACAAUGAUGAAGUAGUGAAGCUCCAAUCAUAUACUCGAAUGUAUCAAGCCAGGAAACGCUACAGACAAAGACUGAAGUACUUUCAUGACCAUAUUAAUGAUAUUGUAAAAAUCCAAGCUUUUAUCCGUGCCAACAAAGCCCGAGAUGACUACAAGACCUUGAUCAAUGCAGAUGAUCCACCAAUGGCUGUAGUGCGGAAGUUUGUUCAUCUUUUGGAUCAGAGUGAUCAGGACUUCCAGGAGGAAUUGGAAGUUAUGAAACUGAGAGAAGAAGUAGUGACUCUUCUAAGAUCAAACCAGCAGCUGGAAAAUGACCUCAAUCUUAUGGAUAUCAAAAUUGGACUUCUUGUAAAAAACAAAAUUACACUUCAGGAUGUGGUCUCCCAUAGUAAAAAAUUAACAAAGAAGAACAAGGAGCAGCUCUCUGAUAUGAUGAUGUUAAACAAGCAGAAGGGAGGACUUAAGGCUCUAAGCAAGGAGAAAAGGGAAAAGCUGGAGGCUUACCAGCAUCUGUUUUACCUACUGCAGACUAACCCAACAUAUCUGGCAAAACUCAUUUUCCAAAUGCCACAAAAUAAAUCUACCAAAUUCAUGGACUCGGUCAUCUUUACUCUCUAUAACUAUGCGUCCAAUCAGAGAGAAGAAUAUCUGCUUCUACGUCUUUUCAAAACAGCUCUUCAGGAGGAAAUAAAAUCUAAGGUGGAUAUGAUUCAGGAAAUUGUCACUGGGAACCCUACAGUUAUAAAGAUGGUGGUGAGCUUUAACCGUGGGGCCCGUGGUCAGAAUGCUUUAAGGCAAAUCCUGUCACCAGUAGUGAAAGAGAUCAUGGAUGAUAAGUCCCUUAACAUCAAAACUGACCCUGUCGAUAUUUACAAGUCUUGGGUCAACCAGAUGGAAUCUCAGACCGGAGAAGCAAGCAAACUGCCUUAUGAUGUCACACCAGAGCAAGCAAUGAGCCAUGAGGAGGUGAGAAACAGACUGGAUUCUUCCAUCAAGAACAUGAGGACGGUUACAGACAAGUUCCUCUCUGCGAUCAUCAGCUCAGUUGAUAAGAUCCCUUAUGCAAUGCGUUACAUUGCUAAGGUCCUGAAAGAUACUCUUCAUGAAAAGUUUCCUGAUGCUGGAGAAGAUGACUUGCUUAAGAUCGUGGGAAAUCUGCUGUAUUAUCGCUACAUGAAUCCAGCUAUUGUGGCUCCAGAUGCCUUUGAUAUUAUUGACCUUUCUGCUGGAGGUCAGCUCACCACGGAUCAACGCCGAAACCUUGGAUCCAUUGCUAAGAUGCUCCAACAUGCUGCCUCCAACAAGAUGUUCCUUGGGGAUAAUGCCCACUUGAGCAUGAUCAAUGAGUAUCUUGCUCAGUCCUACCAGAAAUUUAGACGUUUCUUCCAGGCUGCUUGUGAGGUUCCAGAGCCACAGGAUAAAUUUAAUGUGGAUGAAUAUUCUGAUCUGAUCACCCUUACUAAACCAGUUAUCUAUAUUUCUAUAGGAGAAAUUGUAAAUACACAUACACUGCUACUAGACCACCAGGACGCAAUAGCUCCAGAGCACAAUGAUCCCAUCCAUGAGCUGUUAGAUGAUCUUGGAGAAGUGCCUACUAUUGAGUCUCUUAUAGGAGAGGGACCUGGAUCUUCACCAGAUUCCAGUAAGGAGGCCCUAGCAAAGACUGAGGUGUCCCUAACACUCACUAACAAGUUUGAAGUCAUUGGUGAUGAGAAUGCAGAAAAAGAUGCAAGAACCAUCUUACUGAACACAAAACGGCUGAUAGUGGAUGUCAUUCGUUUCCAACCUGGGGAGACCUUGACAGAGAUUUUGGACACACCAGCAACCCAAGAACAGGAAGCAGAUCAUCAGAGAGCCAUGCAGAGGCGAGCCAUCAGAGAUGCCAAGACACCAGACAAAAUGAAAAAGGCCACAUCUUUACGGCAAGACAACAAUCUAACGCUCGAAGAAAAGAAAGACAAAAUUCAAGCUGGGCUCAAGAAGUUGGCAGAGCUUGGAAUGGUGAAACCAGAGAGCCGGUAUCAGGAUCUCAUCAAUGAUAUUGCCAAGGAUAUCCGUAAUCAAAGGCGAUACCGUCAGAGAAGAAAGGCUGAAUUAGUGAAGCUACAACAGACACAUGCUGCUCUUAACUCCAAGGCCCUGUUCUAUGAAGAACAAGUGGACUACUACAAAAGCUAUAUCAAAACUUGCCUGGACAACCUUGCAAAGAAGGGCAAAGUGUCUAAGAAACCAGGACAAGUGAAGAAGAGUAAGAAGAUUUCUCUCAAAUACUCAGCAGCCAGGCUCCAUGAGAAAGGCGUAUUAUUGGAGAUUGAAGACCUGCAAGUCAACCAGUUUAAGAACGUCAUCUUUGAAAUCGCUCCUACAGAAGAGGUUGGGGAUUUUGAAGUGAAAGCCAAGUUCAUGGGUGUUCAGAUGGAAACCUAUAUGUUGCAUUAUCAGGACCUUCUCCAGCUGCAGUAUGAAGGUGUUGCAGUCAUGAAGAUGUUUGACCGAGCAAAAGUCAAUGUAAACCUCCUGAUCUUCCUUAUAAACAAGAAAUUCUAUGGGAAGUAAAACUGGAAGAGCCUCCAUAUCUAAGGAGCAAGCUAUAAAAGGACCUUUUCUGCCUCCCGGUGACCAAAAAUAGUGGCCACAACCUACUUAAAAUGCUUUUAUACAUGUAUGAGGUCAUGUGCCCAAACUCUGCAAGUACUGUAUUUCGCUGUCUGAUGCUAAACAUAAGAAAAGCAACACAUGGCUGCAGUGCUUCUACUUGUUACAUAGGAGGUUAGCAUGGGGUCUAUAAGAAAAAACCCUUUCUGCUGAGGAUUAGUUAGCAAGCCAUAUAACUGGUCUUACAGACCCGCACUAACUGCAUCUAUAAAUACAUAUGUAUUAGAAUGUUUUUUAAAUUUUUUUAAACAUUUUUUUGUGUAGGUGAAAUGAUCUUUAUAGAAUAUAUUCCAUAUUAUUUGACAAGUUUUAAAAUGCAAGUAUAUGUUUCUAUUUAACAGUGCAGGCACUUUUCGCUUUUAUUGGUUGGUAUGCUCUGUGCAGAGAUAAGAAUUUAAAGGGGUUGUCCACUGCCCUGCCUUCCGGA